UUCUGUCCUGUCCUCCUCCAGCAGCAGCAGCAGCAGCAGCAGCGUCUGUGGCUCCCCUGCAGAGGACAGCGGGUGUUUGUAGGACACAGGGCCCACGGAGGGAGGGGUCCUGGCCUGGGCACGGAUCCCGAAGAGGCCCCGGGGCCGCCGCUGGAUGGAGUCGGGCUGCAUUCAGACAGCAAUGGCUAUGGGUCUGUCAUCGAAAAAGGCGUCUGCUCGGAGCGUCGGCGUGGAGCGAAAAAACCUCAUCACGGUCUGCAGAUUCUCUGUAAAGACUCUCCUAGAAAAGUACACAGCAGAGCCCAUAGAUGACUCAUCCGAGGAGUUUAUUAACUUUGCCGCCAUUUUAGAGCACAUCCUCAGCCAUCGCUUCAAAGGUAACACUGCAGGUUCAGGAAGCUGGUUCAGCUCAGAUGGACAGCGCAGUUUCUGGGAAUAUAUCCGGCUGGCGUGCAGCAAGGUGCAGAACAACUGCAUCGCCAGCAUCGAAAACAUAGAGAACAUCAGCACAUCACGAGCCAAGGGCCGGGCGUGGAUUCGAGUGGCGCUGAUGGAGAAACGUCUGUCCGAAUAUGUGUCCACUGCUCUGAGGGACACGAGAACGACCAGGAGGUUCUAUGAUGAUGGAGCCAUUAUGCUGAGAGAGGAGGCCACAGUUCUGACCGGCAUGCUGAUUGGACUGAGUGCCAUUGAUUUCAGUUUUUGCUUGAAGGGCGAGACUCUGGAUGGGAAAUCUCCGGCUGUGAUUGACUACACACCCUACCUGAAGUUCACUCAGAGUUAUGACUACCUGAGCGAUGACGAGGACCGCCGCAGUGUGGACAGCAGUAACAGUGAGGAGAGUGUCCCGGAGCAUCCCUACAUCCCUCUGGUGACUGACGAGGAGAGCUGGAGCAACAAGUGUCGCAAAAUGGAGCAGAGGUUUAAGAUCGUCUACGCCCAGAAGGGUUACCUGGAGGAACUGGUGCGUCUGCGGGAGUCACAGCUGAAGAACGUGGAGACGGAGAACAAGCGUCUGAGAUCCAAGGUGGAGGAGCUGACAGUCCAGAGCGCACAGGAGAAGAAGGAGCUGGAGGCCAUCGUCCUGGAGCUGCAGGCACAACUCUCUUCUCUCAUGCCCUGUGAUUCCUCCCAUCUGGCUAAAGACCUCUCCAUCCCGCUGGUCAACCAGUGGUCCACCAUCACAAACAACCAAGGCGAUGUCAAACUGUUUCGCAGGAGGAGUUUCCACAGUUUGGAGCAACUUUCCGCUGAAGUCAGUCUGAACUCUGACUCCCAGAAGACUGAUGGGAGACAGAACGGAGACGCUGCCUGGACUUCAGCUGGGAAAGACAACACUCCCUCCAUGCUGGGUCUGUGCGGCUCUCUUGCUUCGUUACCGAGCUCCAAGUCCCUGGCCAGCCUCAAGUCCAGCGAGUGUUUGGUCAACAUCAGCACUGAACCCAGCCCUGCGCUCUCUCCCAGCUAGGAGCUCCAGACCGACCACAACCGAGAUUUAACCCCCAGCCUGUCUGCCUGGUGAUGCUGCGUUGACCAUGUCCAAACACCUGACCAAAACCCCUCUCCCACCAUCCGUCCAGCUCCAUGAGAAUAGAACAGGAAAGUCACGACACCAUCUCUGGAUUUUUGUACACAUGAGAAUGAAGUCGUCGUUAAUCUGAAAGGAUCCAUCUCUUCGCCUUAUCCAAUCUACUCACACUCUCCCACCACCACUUUGUACUAUCUGUGAAUCUCUUCAUCCAAGAUCAUGCAAUUCCUCCGUCAUACCUUUUCCAAAGCAUCUAUUUAUUUCUUUAAAUUGUUUUCAAUUCAUUAUCAGUAUUCUCUGUGUUAGUGUGCCUUUGGCCUGGUGUUUUAUUUUUUCUUAUUUUCUUGUCGAAAUGUAACCAAACAGCACUUGCAGCUCUUUGGACGCAGCCACUAAGAAAGAGAGAUGUGAUGGUCAUUUUAAGAGAUGAAGGUUAACCAUAUGAAGCAGAGGAUGGGUUUUCACACGCUGUCCUAACAGUGACAUAGACGUGUGUUUUGUGAGUUUGACUGAACGGUAUGUGUCAAGGGUAUGCCACCCCUGGAAGUGCGUAUCAUUCCUGCCUGAGUAAUCAAACUGUUAAAGUAUGUCUAAAUCUGUGCAGCUAUUUAUUUAUUCUGUCAAAUCUUAAGAUACCACAUUGUUCAUUUAUCUCAUUUACUUUAGUUUAUUUGUUUUGGAUUUUUUUGUUGCAAUAA